AUGCAUAUUGAGUCUAAAGACAAUUCUGAUGACUUAGGUCAAAAUCACACCACUUCUGUCCCUUCCACAUCAAACAGUCAUGAUAAUUUAGAGCAUAUAGAUACCACUGAUGUUUUUGAGCACCAUAAUGAUAACACUGAUAUUGUAGAGCAUAUAGAUGAGCUUGUCAGUAGCAAACCUGUUAGAAAUAAGCAUGCUCCUGCUUAUCUUUUAGACUAUGUCUGCAAUUCCUCCUUUAAUUCUGCUGACAGAUAUUGCCAUUCUAAUGCUAGCAUUCUUUAUCCCAUCUCUUCUUUUGAUUCUCUCUCUCACUUAUCUAAGUCUCAUCGUGUUUUCACCACUUCUAUUACACAUAAUGUUAAACCAAAGAAUUACAAAGAGGCUUGUUUGUCAGAAAACUGGGUUAAGGCUAUGACUUCUGAAUUAGAAGUAUUACACAAAAAUAAGACUUGGAACAUUGUUGAUCUGCCACCUCAUGUUAAGCCUAUAGGAAGUAGAUGGGUGUAUAAAGCUAAACACAAAGCUGAUGGGAUAAUAGAUAGGUACAAAGCCAGGUUGGUGGCUAAAGGGUAUAAUCAAAUUGAAGGGUUAGAUUUUUUGACACAUUCUCCCCUGUUGUAA